GGAUCCCCUCCAGGCCCGGCAAUUGCGACCAUGAAGCUGAACGAGCGCAGCCUGGCCUUCUACGCCACCUGCGACGCCCCGGUGGACAACGCAGGCUUCCUGUACAAGAAGGGCGGACGGCACGCGGCCUACCACCGGCGCUGGUUCGUGCUGCGCGGGAACAUGCUCUUCUACUUCGAGGAUGCAGCCAGCCGCGAGCCCGUGGGCGUCAUCAUCCUGGAGGGCUGCACCGUGGAGCUGGUGGAGGCCGCCGAAGAGUUCGCCUUCGCUGUGCGCUUUGCGGGGACCCGGGCGCGCACCUACGUGCUGGCCGCUGAGAGUCAGGAUGCCAUGGAGGGCUGGGUCAAGGCCCUGUCACGUGCCAGCUUCGACUACCUGCGGCUGGUGGUGCGCGAGCUGGAGCAGCAGCUGGCGGCUGUACGCGGCGGGGAUGGCACGGCCCUGCCCCAGGCCCAGUCCCUGCCCUUGCCCCCGUCCCUGCCCUCUGCCCCGGCCCCAGUCCCGUCCCUGCCCUCUGUCCCGGCCCCGGGCCCAGCCCUGCCCCGCCGGCCCAGCGCCCUCCCGCCCAAGGAGAAUGGCUGCGCUGUCUGGAGCACUGAGGCCACCUUCAGGCCUGGACCCGAGCCCCCUCCACCACCGCCUCGCCGCCGGGCCUCGGCACCCCAUGGGCCCCUGGACAUAGCUCCCUUCGCCCGGCUGCACGAGUGCUAUGGCCAGGAGAUCCGGGCCCUGCGCGGCCAGUGGCUCAGCAGCCGGGUCCAGCCCUGAGGCCACCAGGGCGCCUGUUUUAGGGGGACACAAGCUCCACGCCCUCUGGGACAGGCCUGGUCCUGGAGAGACUGGGGGAGCAGGUCCUGAGGGAAAUCAUGGGCAAGGCUAGCCCCCAGGCCCUGAAUGGCCUGGUUUUGGGGGAUGCAGGCUCUGAGAAGGUGCCGAAUUCUGAGUGGGCCUUUAGGACCAUGUGACUCAGAAGGCCUACCCUUAAGGGAAACGUCACACGCAACACUAAGGAGAAUCCAGGGCCUGAGGGGGAGGUUUCCUGAGAACUCUGGCCCCAGGCUGGCCUGAGCUGCCCGGCAGAGGCCUGUGCUGGCAACAGGCAUUGCCGGGCCUGCAGCUCAGAGGGUCACUGGGACUGAGGACGAUCUGUGGCCUGAAAAGCAAAUGCACAGUUAGUGCAGCUCCUGACCCGGCCUUCAGGGUGGACAGAGGGAGUAUCGGUCGUGGCAGCCACACCUGGGCCUGGCCUUGUUCCAGGACCUGCCAGAGGAGCUGGCCUGGCUCCAUGCCUGCCUGCCUCCAGGAGCAGGACAGUGGCUUGGAGGGUAGUGACUGGGGACACAAGUGCAGGUGUUAGUGCAGGACCGGAAGGGUGAGGUGGCCUGGUCCCCGGGGCUCUUGGCCUGGGCCAGCUGAUGCAGGACUCUGCCAGGUCCCCUGCCAGUCCUCAUGGUGGUGCUUCUGGUGGCAGUGGCUCUCUGGCCACGGGCCCUGUUUGUGUCUCCGUGGUGGCUCUCACAGGGCUCUCCAGACACUCCUUGACUGCAUCCUUCAGUCUUGGCCCCUGGGCCUGGGGCCCCUUGGGAGCUUGCCUGACCUCCCUUCCUGGGCUGGGUAGCCAUGGCCUGAGGUGACCUUCUAGCAGGUUCCCCCAGGGAGGGGAGGCCACCAGCUGACUCACAGCCUAGGAAGGCCCAGGUGCUGACCUAGUGGUGGAGAAAAAACAGCCACACACCGAGUGCGGCUUCCAGAGUUCCUCUUCAGCUCCAGGCAGCCCCCUCUAACAUGUCCCCUCCUGAGCUCAGCCCCCACCCCCAUACUCCUGGUGGGGACCAGGUCUUGCUUGGCUUCGGGGCUGACCACCGGUCCCCUUUCUUCUCACCACAGUGCCCAUUUUUCAUCCAGGGAGAACCUUGGGGCUGGGACACCUCCUGGCCCUCACCCUGGGUCAUGUUUACAGUCCUCAGUGCCUCACACCGGGGGCCCCCUGAGGACACCUCCACCCUGACCUUGAUUUUCCCAAAUGCUGCCUCUUGGUGACAGACUUAGCCUGAAACCCCUUCCUUCUGUCUCUGGAGACCCUCGGGCUUGGGGAAGUAUGGAGUGGGGUGUGUCUGCAAUCAAGGCCUCUGCAGCUCACGGCUGGCCCGGUGGGCUGGGACUUCCGUCUGAAUUUUAAAUACUUAGGGUUCAUUUUUUUUUUUCUGGCAACAAAGCUUGAUGUUUUCACUGCUUUAGUUUCCUGUUUGCUGGUGGGAGGGGAUAUGGUCUGUGACUCUGGACUUGGUCUGGGGGAACAGUUGUCACUGCCCCUGGGGAGAGGGGCAGCUUGGGCUGGAGAAGCACAGCCAGAGACGGAGCCCCUCAAGAGGGAUCCUUGGCUGCUUCAUUGUCUUCCCCCCAGCAAGCCCUGCUGUCCCCCACAGGCACCUCUGGGGUCUUGGUACGGUCCCCGCUCACCUCCUUCCAGAGUCCUGAGUGGUGUGGGUGUGGGUGACACAAGAUCUGGGGCUUGGGAGGGGUUCAGAGCUGCGCAGAGCCCUGUGUCCUGGCAGACUCAGCUGGUGGGCUGGGGUGUUAACGCCAGUCCUGGCAUAGGUUUACAGACUCUCAAGGUACGUUGGCCCUGGUCUCCUGGGAGAGUGGGGUGAGGGAUGUCCCCUACCAAAGCACAAGAUGGGAUCAGGCUGCCUCCUGGGUUGGGUGUGGGGGGAGCUGUCCGGCAGCCUGGCAGGGAGAUGCAAGGGCUAAAAUAAAAUUUUGUCAAGUA